AUGGCCGACAAACUUCACAACGCCAUACGAUCCUUGUCCAUCGAAGAUGAUGAUCCGGUAACAUUACCAGACGAUCCGAAAUUCCGGGUUUUUGAUGCUAACGCUACCAGUUUGAUGGGGAGGCUUUUGAAUCCGGAUUGCCAACCAAUGGCCAAGAUGAUCAACUAUAUGCCCACGGCUUGGAGAGUGCAUGGUAGGGUACGAGGGAUUGCCCUUUCUCGUGACAGAUUCCAGUUUAUCUUCCAGCGGGAAGAGGAUCUCUUAACUGUCUUAAGAGAUCGGCCUUGGUCUUACAACCACUGGACAAUGCUCUUGGAGAGAUGGACCCCAAAUCCGCCAGCCUCGUUCCUUACAUCUUUGGACGUCUGGAUCAGGAUAAGGAAUAUACCGGUGAACUAUUAUACAUCUGAUACGAUGUAUGCCCUCGCUAAGAAGAUUGGCAGGGUGGUGGAGUUGGCCUAUGACCCAAAGGUUUCGCAAACGACUGAUUACGUGCGUGCCAAGGUAUGCUUCAAUGUGGAGAACCCAGCCUUGGAGGCUAAGAAUCUCAUAAUACCGGAGGAGGUAGUGGUCAUUAAGUACGAAUAUGAGAAGAUUCAUAAAAGAUGUUUCUCAUGUCUUCGCUUGACACAUGAAAAAGCUCACUGUCCUUUCCUUAAAAGGGCACAGGCGAACAGAGGUGGAACAUCUAAAGAAGGGGAAGCUAUUAGAAAUACUCAGAUACCAGCGCUGCUAGCUGCGCCUCUGGAAUCGCCUCCGGGUUUUCCUACGAUGUUUCCAGAACUAUCUAAAGAAGAUAGGCAAGCGGCCAUGAUGUAUGUCUCCCAUGCGGACGAGACUGAGAGGAGAGCUAGAAUCUUACGUGUCCAACAUUCCAUCGAAAAUGCGAAAGAUGAUGACACAAGUGUGCCUAUCAGAAUAUCCCACAACCUCAACAAAGAUAAAGGGCUGGUGUUUGGCUAUAGCCAUGGUGAUGAUAGCAACAGCGAGAGCAAUAAUACCAAUACUCUUCAUGCUGUCUCGGCCCCUGCUUUGCUAAAAGAUAAAGAGGACAGAGCUGCUACCUCUGGGGAACAGAGUGCUUCAUCCAACUUUCAGAUUAACGGUUCAACGGUUUUCAGAUUGGGUAACACUACUUCAUCUGGAUAUACCGGAACUUCGAGUUCUAAAAGGAUUGAUCGGAAAAGACCACCAGCCUGGGUGAGAAGAGUGAGAACAAACAGGUACGACGCUAGUGCUAUUGCUGUUUCACAAGGAGCAGUUCAGCCCAUGGAGGGAUCGGGGAAACGUAAGCCAGAGGACAAUAAGGGUCAGAGCUCAGACUACGUUGGAGCAGAGGGAUCUAAGAAACCAAACACAAACAAAAUUUCGGUGGCUUCCAGUUUGAAGCCGCUGCCAUCCCAAUGA